GUUCAUUAAAGCACACGAAGUUGCUGUAAUGGCGGCCAUGUCAUGAAGAUACCAAGUCAGUGCGGUGGGCCCACAAUGGAAGAUAGUUCUCCAUCACAAAAUCACAACGGACAACUGGGACCUUCAAGUGGUGGAAUUAAUGUAGGCAAUAAGCAAAGUGAUGAAGGAAACCAAAAAACUCAAUACUCCAUCCCUGGUAUAUUGCACUUCAUUCAACAUGAGUGGGCAAGGUUCGAGAUGGAAAGGUCGCAAUGGGAAGUGGAUAGAGCUGAGCUACAGGCCAGGAUAGCUUUUCUUCAAGGAGAAAGGAAAGGGCAAGAAAAUUUAAAAAAUGAUUUAGUUCGACGAAUAAAGAUGUUGGAGUAUGCACUAAAGCAAGAAAGAGCAAAAUACCACAAGCUAAAAUAUGGAACCGAGUUACAGCAAGGUGACAUGAAACCACCAAUUUUUGAUGAGCCGGGGGGACCGGAAGCUCCAGUAGAUGGAGAAGCACCUUUCACUUCUGUUAGUAAUGUAAGCUGGCGGCAAGGAAGACAGCUUCUCAGGCAGUAUCUUCAAGAAAUUGGUUAUACUGAUACAAUAAUAGAUGUACGUUCAAAUCGUGUUCGCUCAUUACUUGGUCUUAACAAUAAUGCAGAAAGUGAAGAAAACCUAAAUAACGCCCCAGUUGUAACAGCGCUCAAUGGAAAUGAGUCAUCCAAUAAACGGGCCAGUGAGAAUCAAGGCCGCAGGACACCCGCCAAAAAGGCCCAGCCAUCAUCUUUAGCAGAAGCAAUGAUUCUGGACACAGAAGCAGCAGUUAUAGCAAAUUUUGAAUUCCUCUCCCAAACUGAUGUUGAUAUGGAUGAUGAUGAUGAUAUGAGUGAUGAUCUUGAGCCACCUGAUGAUGAUGAUCAAGAUGAUGUUAAGACAACCAAGCGUAAGGGAAAGUCUCUAAUGUUGAAUGAAGGUUUGGCAGAUGAUGUGGAUGCUGAAGCAGAAGAAGUCCUCAAUGAGUUGAACCUACUGACAGAGACAGAAGAUUCUGGUUCUGAUAUACAUACACAAGGCGAUCCAACUGAUUGGGGAGGUGCAGGUAUGGGGUUCCAGCCUGGUGCAGGCCAUCGUCGACAGAUGGGAGCAGGAGGCCUAGGAGAUGAGGACGUUCCAAAUCUUGGUUUAGGUGAACUUGCACAACUCACAGUGAACAAUGAGGCAGAGGCUGCAUAUGAUAUUGCAACCACAAAAGAAUCCUAUAGAAAGACAUGGAAUGCGAAGUACACACUUCGCAGUCAUUUUGAUGGAGUACGUGCCCUGGCAUUUCAUCCUGUGGAGCCUGUUCUCAUCACAGCAAGUGAAGAUCACACACUCAAACUAUGGAACCUUCAAAAAACAGUGCCUGCCAAGAAGUCAGCCUCAUUAGAUGUGGAGCCACUGUACACAUUCCGAUGCCACACUGGGCCUGUUUUAUGUCUUGCAAUGAGUGCUACAGGAGAACAGUGCUACAGUGGAGGCUUGGAUGGUGCCAUCCAUUGCUGGAACUUACCUUGCGCCAACAUAGAUCCAUAUGAUUCAUUUGAUCCAGGUGUGCUGACCGGGAACAUGGAAGGGCAUACAGAUGCUGUUUGGGGGCUCAGUAUACACAGUCAACGUCUACAGCUGCUUUCGUGCUCAGCUGAUGGCACGGUUAAACUCUGGUCACCUACUAGCAAAGUUCCACUUCUUUCCACGUAUAUUUCUGAUCAAGAUGGAGCCCCAACUUCAGUGGACUUCAUCCGAGAUGAACCAAAUCGUAUGGUGGCAGCGUAUAAUUCUGCCCAUUGUAUUGUCUAUGAUUUGGAAUCAGGGAAACCCGUUGUACGGCUUGAAACAACUCAGGAGGUUGACAACAAUGUGAUAGGUCGACAGAUCAACUGUGUAGUGGCACAUCCGACUCUACCACUGACUAUUACAGCGCAUGAAGACAGGCACAUCCGAUUCUUUGAUAAUACAACAGGGAAGUUGGUUCAUUCAAUGGUAGCACAUCUUGAUUCAGUUACCAGUCUUGCUGUUGACCCCAAUGGACUCUAUCUACUUUCAGGGAGUCAUGACUGCAGCAUUCGCUUGUGGAAUCUAGACAACAAAACAUGCGUUCAAGAAAUCACAGCCCACCGUAAAAAAUUUGAUGAGAGUAUCUUCGAUGUGGCGUUUCACCCUUCACGGCCGUACAUUGCAAGUGCUGGUGCUGAUGCUCUUGCCAAGGUGUUUGUGUGAAAUCACUGAGGCAAUGAAAGGGAAAUAUGAAUAGACAGAGAACAGCGCCAGCAGGGAGGUGGGAGGGUUGCCACCAGUGCAGGCAGUUUAUGUUGACAGUGGUGAAUCUCAUGAUGGUAAACAGUAUGGCUGCUUGUAACAACAAAUGUUAAUUGCACUUGGUGGGGGUCAUAUGGUAAGUCAAGAGGGGGAUGCCAAUCUGAACGACUCCUUUCAUUACAUUCUUCCCUCAAGCAGAAUGGUGUCUGUGGCAUUGCUCCUCCUCCCAUCUAUCUUGCAAGACCGGGUCAGACGGUGCCAUGUACAUCAGCAAUUAGGAGAGAGACAUAACUUGAAUAGCAGUGACUUACUGAGAACACACAGCAGAUUUGUGUCUGUUCUGUCUGUUUCAGUGGAGUACAAUCAUCAGAUGGUUCACAUUUCAGUGUCUUGUAGUCUGGGUUGUACAGUGGAUGGAAAGUACGAAGUCUAGACAGAUGAAAAGUCGAAAGAAAGCUCUCAUGCUUAUGCAGAAGUUGCGUGCAUGUACUUCAAGAUUAUUAAGCAGUAAGAUCAAAAUUGUGUCUUCGCAUGCUGCAGCGAUGUGACGUGGGGUAUGUGGACACUGCGUACCUGGCCAUGACUGCCCAUUUGUCGAGUACUGACAUUCAUGACCGAUGGUAGCUUUAAAAGAAACUGUGUUUAUGAACAUAGCAUGCAGUGUGCAUAGGAGUGUUCAUGCAAGUGUGUUACUGAGGUGCAGUAACGGUGUCAUUUCAUUUUAAAGUGAGCUCAUCAAAUACUUUGCUGCAUCCAGUUGAAUUACUCGGGUUGCACCGUCUGACCUGAUUAUAAUAGUCAUUUACACAGCAAAGCCUAAGAGAUCUUGUGAUAUGAUAUUUUCUUUAAUAUGUGGACUUCUACUGACAUAUCUUGAAGAUGUUUCCGCUGUGGCUUUUGCACUGUGAAAAGUGGCAGUUGUAGAAAUUACUAACAUAGCUUUAAUUUUCAAUAUACUCAUAGCUGUUGAUGAAUUUUCAGGUAAUAAUACCAUUAAAAACUGGAAAAAGACUGAGAUGUUUGUUGCAUCAUGAUUUCCUCACUGAAAAAUUUGACUAAGGGAAGUGCCAAUUUAGUACACUGGUUGGAAAUAGAGCAAUAAUUUUGUUAACAUGAACUUGGUGUGUGCAGUUGUUUCUUCUUAUUUACUACUUUCUACUUAAUUUUUAUUGCGAUAUUCUGUAACUUGCUAUAUUUACUUCCACAUCCACGAACAUGUGUAGACAAAGUUGCCAUCUUCAUGGUUGAAAUGCGUAAAUUUUUGUGAAAUAAAUGUCAUAACAUGUCUUUUAUGUUUUACUGUGUAAAUGGCCAUUUAUAGUGUUAUUUUACAAUUAAAAUGGUCUCCAUCCUCUGCAGUAUCCAGAACCCAAGAUAACUUUAGGUUCAGGUAUGGGAUAGAGGUCUGAUAUUGUCAUUGUAUAUGUUAACUUAUAUGUAACUUUUUUUUAAACGGCUGCACUUUGUAUUGUGGUGGCUGGCUAGUGCAAGAUGGGCAGAGUCAGUUCAAUAUUCUUAGAGGCAGGAAGUAAAGUAAACAAAAUGUGUGUUUAACUGUAAAAUAUUGUAUUUAAAGUAGAACUACUGUGUAGCUCCAGAAACGUAUAAUAUAAUUAUGAAUUCAUUUUUAUGAAAGUAGGUAAAGGUUCACAGCAGUCAGUGUUGUUCAGAACUGGAUGACCAUACAUACGAUUUAUAUUUACAUGUAAUUAUUGCUAGAGGUUUUUUUGUAAAUGUUUAAAAUUUCGCCUUAUUAAAGUAAGCAACUCUUUAAUUUCAAAAUAAUGUUACGUUAUUAAAGUCCAUCGAUAAACUGAAA